AUGUGGCUGCAGAACCUGCUUUUCCUGGGCACUGUGGUCUGCAGCAUCUCUGCACCCACCAGUUCACCCAGCUCUGUCACUCGGCCCUGGCAACACGUGGAUGCCAUCAAGGAGGCCCUGAGCCUUCUGAACAACAGUAGUGAAAUAACUGCUGUGAUGAAUGAAGCAGUAGAAGUCGUCUCUGAAAUGUUUGACCCUGAGGAGCCGAAAUGCCUGCAGACUCACCUAAAGCUGUACGAGCAGGGCCUACGGGGCAGCCUCAUCAGCCUCAAGGAGCCUCUGAGAAUGAUGGCCAACCAUUACAAGCAGCACUGCCCCCUUACUCCGGAAACGCCCUGUGAAACCCAGACUAUCACCUUCAAAAAUUUCAAACAGAAUCUGAAGGAUUUUCUGUUUAACAUCCCCUUUGACUGCUGGAAGCCAGUCUAGAAGUGAGGCAGGCCAGUCCAGCCAGGAGCCAGCCCUGAGAGUGCACCUCGAGAAUCACUGCCCUCGAACCUACGGAUUGCUGAAACUCAGGAUCUUCACUUUGGAGGGACCAUAGUGUGGGGCCUGGCCAUGGGGGGCGGGCGGGGCCAGACUUGCACUGGAACAUGCUGCCCCUGAUAUGGGCUUGGUAUGGGGAGCGGGCAAUG